GUCUCUGAUCCAGACUGCUUCUUACCUGCGCGCCCACCGAGCUUCCUAUCAGCGACCUGUCGGCUGUGAAAAUGGGGAACAGCAAACCUUCAGCGAUCAUCUUUCUUAUCGGUGUCAUGCUGCUCUGGCCAUAUGUUCUCACCAAGAGCGUCUCAUCCAGACUGCAGCCUGCAGACAGCACCUCUCUAACUGCAGGGCAGGGAGAAGAGCGCCCUCAUGUGGUCAAGCGCUCAACACAGAACUGUGACAGCACGUUUGAGAGCUACUGCAUGAACAACGGCCAGUGCAUGCUGCUGGUGGACAUCCAGGAACACCACUGCAAGUGUGAGGCGGGUUUCUACGGCCCCAGGUGCAGCAACCUGGAGCUCGUCGUUCAGCCAGUAAAGGAAGAGCAGAUAAUUGUCACCAUUUUCUGUGUGACUCUACUGAUUAUAGGUCUGGCUGGAGUUUUGUACUUCUGCUGCAAAUGGUAUAAAAAAAACAAAUUCCCACGUCAGCAGAAGCGGCAGGGUUACAAAGGAGUCCAGACAGCUUAGAGUGCCACACACACACUCACA